AUGGAGGCCGAACGCUCAUCAAGUGGAGGGGGAGAGGCAGGGGGAACAGCAGCGGCGGCUGCCGCAGAGUCGGAUGAGCCCCCCAACGCUGCAGAAUCCGUCACGUGUGCGGGACAUCCUCUCUGCCACGCCGCUGCCGCCGCGACUUGCGGUGCUUCGUGUUGUCUCCACCACUCCAUGGGUGGUUGUCCCCACCACACUGUGCUCUCGAGCAGGGCGGUGCCAUCCCCAGAGCCGCCGCCUCUUCAUGCAGUAGUGCCAUUCAUUGCGAUUCUUCCUCACCAAUGCGGGGGUGUCUCGAAUUAUGAAGGCCUGUCUGCGGACAAUUCGGGUGUCGAAGCCACUGCCGUUGGUAGUGGUGGUCCUAUUGGAAUUUCACUGGAGCGGUUUCUAACUCGGCAGGAAAUGUACAGGACGCUUAUUUUUUGUGGAGUGAAGCGGCAUCGAUGCCCGGAGGCGCUGCAGCAGUUGUGGAAUUACCUGCUCGUUUUGUGUUAUAACAGUUCCUUCGACUGCAGCAAUGGAAGUGGAAACUGUAGCAGGGGGCGCCCUGUACGUGCCGCCAAAAGCGGCGCCGCGGAGAGGAGCGGUCCCGUUCCGGACUUUGCCACGGUGGUGCGGUAUGCAGAGCUGCGUGAUGUGCUGCGGGCGGGUGUCAGUAGUAGUAGCAGUAGUGGCAGUAGCAAAGAGGGUGAAGCCGCACCCCCCGUGCGCCUUGAGGAGCUCGUCGCCGCCGCCGCGCUGCGGGAUGGCGGCAGCAGCGAGCAGGGAGCAGCAGCACGGUUGCCUGGCUACACGCUGGUGGUGGCGAAGCAUACGUUUGACCGCUGCAUCGCCAAACUUCUUGGCCAUGAGUUGCGUGGGCAGCGGAUUACGGUGAGUCCGCUGCCGCGCUGGAAUGUUGCACAGGGCAUUGUGCAGAACAGGCGGCCGCUCGUCAUAUUCUGCGGCGGCACAAGUGGAUGCGGCAAGAGCACACUGUCGAGCCUCAUUACCACGCACCUCUGCAUCGACGCAUUGCUCUCGACGGACACCAUUCGGCAGGCGCUGCGGCGGACACUGCGUCGCGAUGAGUUCCCAGAGUUAUUUCUAUCAACGUAUGAGGCCCACCGUGCGGUGCCAGCAAAUGUUCCGACGACAGGAGCAGCGGCAGUAGGAUUAACGGAGAGAAGCAGCCGAGAGGUGGGAGGAGAGGAAGAGGCAGUGGAUCCGCAGUCUGUCAUUGCAGCAUACGAGAAGCAAUGUGAGGCGGUGCUGCGGGUGUUGGAUGGUAUGCUGGAAAAACUCAUCAGCCGGAAUCAGGCCGUUGUGGUGGAGGGGGUGCACUUGCUUACAUCGUACAUGCACCGCAAAUCAGCCGAGCUUCAGGCACGCGGUGUCAUAUGUGUACCGUUCCUUGUAUGCAUAACGAAGGAGCAACGCCAUGUGGAGCGAUUCUGUACCCGAGCAAAGUGCAUGACCCUCGCCCCGAAGCGCAACAAGUACGUGUCCCACAUCCGCCAUAUCCGAAUGAUUCAGCAGCACCUGCUCGAACAGGUGUAUGAGUAUAAUGUGAACAUUGUAAAUAACACCAAUGUCGACAAGUCCCUGAUGGGUAUUCAUGCGCAGCUGCUGGACAUCAUGGACCGUGGCGCGCCUUCUUCAUGGAAGGGGAAAAUUCCAGCAGAAGUAUCGACCGCAGCCACAGUAAUGUCAUCGUUAUCAUCAUUGUCGCCGCCGUGCUCGGGCAGUGGAGGUGCAGCGGGUGAUGUAGCUUUCCGCAUGCACUCUCCCGCACUGGCGUCGAUGAACGACGUGGGAGAAGAAAAGGGCCGGGGGUGUUCCGGGGACGCCGUCCGCCGCUCCCUUGCAGAUCCGAAUAUCAGUGGAAAACGGAUGCUUGCCUUGUUGCUCCUCUGGCGGAGCGAAAAAAAGAGGCGUCGUGCGGGCAACGCCCCCUCCACGCGCCCCUUUGCCCUUAUGGGUGAAACCCGUUGUCAGUGCUGUGUCGCCACAUCGCUCUUAACGCAAGCCACUCGGGCCCGCUCGGCGGAGUCGCUGACAUCCUUUCGCUUGCAGUCACUCUCCACGUGCUCGUGUGUGGGAGGCGGGAAUGACGGGUCACCGCCGGCAGCGGCCUCACGAGACCCCGCCAAAUGCAUCGGCGGGUGGGGCGCAGACCAUACCACGGUGGUGGUUGACGGCGGCCACGGCGGCGGCGGCGACGACGACAGCAGUCGAGGGGAACUGUGGCGUCCCAAAGGCACGACAACCACGUUCCCGAGAGGUCCCCAAAAAGGAAUAGGAAACCUUUUCUUCCGACAGCGAUCAUUGGCGAUGCCAGCUGCGUCGUGGCAGGAGGAAUCCUCGGUGGACGGCACAACAUUGGCCAGAGGGCCCCCCGCUCCCAUAAAAAGACCAAUAAUAAUAACAACAACAUCAGCGGCAGCAACAGCUGUAGCAACGAAUAUAUUACCAACGGCGGUGAGCCGGAGGAGCCGGACGUUCCGCUCUGCAAGUGCAGAUGCAGCUGGCAGCAGCGGCGAUGACGAUGAGGUGAUACUUUGGGGAAAGAAACACAGGCGAUCCACAAAAGAUGCGUCCUUUCACUGGCGCACUGUCUGUGGUGGUCGGCGCCUGGCGAAAGAGGACGAGGAGGGCGACGCUGAAUGUGAUGGCGACAGCCGAUGUGAGCCCGCGUCUCUGGUAGGUAGCUGA